CGUGGAGUACAGCGGACCGAAGGCAGACGGCGUCAUGUACCUCGUCUUUGGCAUCAUCUCCAUCGUGGUUAUCGUGGUAGUUGUCCUUCUGGUCGUGUUCCUCAUGAACAGAAGCCCGGCAAAUACCGCUGAGCCAGCGAUGGAGGGCACGACCGCAUGGAGCAAGUGCAGCAACCCGUGCAUGGGGGCCGGCAAGGUGUGCCAUCCAGACUCCAAGAAGGACGCCGAUGGGUGCUUCGUGCAGGAUUGUCAUUGCUACUCGCCGGAGGCCGCGCACAUGUGCAACAACCCGUGCAACGCCACUGGCCAGGUGUGCCACUUCGGCUCGCCUUUGGACGAGCACGGAUGCUACACGCCAUCUUGUCGAUGCGUCACGUGUAAACACGAGUGCCCGAUGGACAAGAAGUGUGACCCAAACACGCCGGCGGGACCGGACGGCUGCCCGAUGCCCGGCUGCACCUGCGUGCCGAUAAUGUGCCCAGCGCGGUGCCCGCCGGGCAAGCAGUGCUCGCCGGACGCUCCGACAGACAUGCAUGGUUGCUUUGAAGUGGACUGUCAAUGCGUGGCGGUAUCGCUGGCUACUACGCAACCAUGGACGCCUCAUCCUGACGGAACUCCCAAGCCAUGCCCAGUGCUCUGUCCUGCAAACUUCUCGUGCCACAAGAUGCAACCACUCGACGCAUCGCGGUGCUACGUGGCUCCUUGCCCCUGCGUUCGCGACACGUGCCGCGACCCAUGUCCUGGCGGGGAGAUCUGCGACCUGAACACGCCGAUAGAAGCCGACGGAUGCCUCAUGUCUCCCUGCACCUGCGUUCCUCAAAGUGGUCAUGUGCAACCAUCGGCCACGUCAUCUGCGCCAGUAGAAAUCUCGCGCACAGCGGACUCAAGUACGCCGGACUACUCGAAUUCUUCAUCGAUGCCCGGGUCAAGUGACGCGACAAAUUCUUCAUCUACGGUGCACGUGAGACGCGCUCUUGAAGUCGAUGCCGACGAAGAUGGAGUCCCUGUCCUCAAGCGUAGUCCAGCAAUGCCAGAGAAUGGGAAUGGUUCCGAGGGCGGACAUGCACAGGAUCCAAGCGACAGCGCAAGCGCACCGCGUUCACUACCUGGCCCAGCACACCAUCCAGAUGAUCUUAUCACAGACGACGGCGCGCGAGAAGACUCCACUAAGCCGACAGAUCCCUCCGGAGGCGACGCAAGUUCAACCCCCGUUGCGGAAAGUACUGUGCAGAAGAGCUCUUCUGCUCAAGACGAGCCCGUAACUGAGGGCGGAAGCGCUCAACCUGACACGGGCAGCGUGAGUGUCGCGGAUGGAGACUCGCCGUCCGAAGAUUCCAAAUUGACAGGUUCCGGAGAAACAGCAGAAACCAACGCCGCAUCUGUGACGGAGUCCGUCAACGUGGACGCUACGUCCAUGGACGACGAGGUGGUUUCAGCAUCGUCACCGGGUCCAGAUAAUUCUGAAAAACCCGACGCCACAGAAGUGAACGAUGGCGAAAUUUCUUCAGAAGUGUCCACGGACACGACGGCGAGCCCUGACGGAGACUUGGUGGCUAAAGGUGAAACACUGACUGAGCCUAAAGAAGCCGUCGGUGACUCCACGACUGAAGUCAACGCGAACGCUGCGGUUGACGCCCAAGAGGCACCGGUGACGUCGCCCAAGGAUUCCGAAAAAAUUGAGGAGGCCGAAUCCCCGCCUCCGGACGGAGGCGAAGAUACCUCAAAAGACUCUGAUGAGAAGGCAACGAGCUCUCAACAAGGCACCGGUGACGAAGACGCGUCGAGCGCGAAAGAAGCCACCGGCACAGACCCCAGUGCUGCCGGUGAAACGGUUGGCGGCGCUGAACCGUCAACGGAGAUGCCGUCAGCCUCGGCUGCGGACGUGGAAAGCGGGUCGAGGGUGCGCCGCAGCGUCGACGCGGGUCGUGUUCUGGUGCUGGAGCCACCAGUGAUCUCCCUGGGCAAAACACUGGUGAAUGGCGCGUCGAGCGCCAUCAACGCCACCCGAAUACUUGCAAAAGCUAUUCGCUCAGGUGGGGGUUACCAGGAAGACACCAGGGCAAAGCACGCCCCAAUCUUGAUACCAUCCGUCGGUGAACCGGCCUCAAUUGGACUACAAUAUCGUGUUGCAAAAGAAGUGGCCACUAAAGCAAAUAUCACCCGCCAGCAUGGUUUGUAGGCAAAUAAAUGUUUCUCGUCGGUGC